AUGCGUGCUUCUCUUAAGUCCCUAGAUGAACGUGUCUGGGAUGAAUUGAUUGAUUGCAACUGGAAUAGUAAAGGUCUCCAUGCAUUAUUUAUGUCUGUGUCUCCUGAAGAGUUUAGGAGAGUGUUAAUGUGCGAAACUGCUAAAGAGGUAUGGGACAUUCUAGAGAUAAUGCAUGAGGGAACUAAAACUGUGAAAAAUUCUAAGUUGCUAAUGUUGGCCUCAAGGUUUGAAGAAAUUAGGAUAAAGGAUGAUGAGUCUUUUGAUGAGUACUAUGCCAAAUUGAAUGGCAUUGUUAACUCUAGUUUCAAGCUAGGUGAGAGAAUUCCCGAGUCCAAAAUUGUGAGGAAGGUUCUUAGGCCCUUGCCUGAGAGAUUUAGACCUAAAGUUAUAGCUAUUGAAAAAAGCAAGGACCUGGACACAGUUAAGAUAGAAGAACUUAGACGAGGAGAUUGCCUACUUUGUAAAGCCUUAAAGAGCAAGAAAUGGCCCCAAGACAAAAAGAGAGGAGCCCCUAGUAAAUUUCUAAGAGAGAAGAAUGAUAAAUCAACUGCUAGGAACCCUGGUAAGAAAUCUCAAGUGAUUAGGUGUCGUAAGUGUCAGGGAUUUGGGCACUAUAGGAAUGAAUAUCCCAACUUUAAGAAAAAUCUAAAGAAGGGAAAGAGCAAGGCAUUAGUUGUGUCCUUGACUGAUGAUGAUUCUAACUCAAGUGAUCAAAGUGAUUCCUCAAGUAGUGAAGAGGAAAAGGGCUAUAUGGCUUUUGUAUCUACUGUCAAGAGUAAGUUAGAUAAGGAGAGUGAAAAGGUUAAGGAGGAGGUAGAGAGUAAAAAGUCCCGUGAUGAUUCUGAGGAUGCGACGGAUAUACAUGAGGCUUAUCAACUUCUGUUUAAGGAAAGUCUCAAGAUCAAAAAGGUAAAUAAAGCCAUAUUUAAGAAGGUAGACAAGCUUGAGAGAAAGAAUGAGAAAAUCACUAAUGAUCUUCAAUCAUUUAUGAGUGGAACAAAGAAACUAGACGAUCUAUUAGGAAUGAACAAACCAGCUGGAAAUAAGCAAAGUCUAGGAUUUGUGAAGAGUGAUGACUAUGUAUCUAGUUCGUCUAAGACCACAUUUGUCCCCGCUUCCAACAGUAGUGCUAAAAUUGAUAUGUCUGAACUUUGGCAUCAAAGGCUCGAUCAUGUUAAGUACAGAAGUUUGUCUAAAUUGGUUAAAAAGAAGAUUGUCGAUGGUCUACCUAAAUUGAUCAAAGUGAACAUGCUGUUUUCAACCCGUGUCAACGAGGAAAGCAACUCAGGAUAA